CCUCCCCCCCUCCCUUGCCGUUCGCCCGCUGGUCGGCCCGCCAGGCUGAUUCUGCGAGCGCCCGGCAGGCUGAGGGAGCAAGAGAGAGAGAGAAAGAGAGAGAAAGAGAGAGAGGAGGGAGGAGGAAUCAGGGAGUAGAGCUGGGGAGCCCUGCCGCGCCACAGAUGUCUUGGACUGCAGUGACUCCAAAUUCCAUAAUCUUUCCAAUUUUCCCAUCUACUAAAAAAUUUUAAUGGCUUGGUGAAGAUAGGAAAACUGUCAAGAAGGUUGAAGGAGUAUCAUAUUUUCAAGGGUACAAUCCAUCCCGUUGGGGAAGCCAAUAAGAGACCUGAACUUGAGGCACCUGGUCACAAUGAAUGUAGUCAAGAAGUAGAGAGUGGUUUUUACUUUCGGCAACUGUGUCCAGUUUUCACAAUGUUUCAGUCCUUGUCUGAAACUCGACAUCCUCUGCAACCAGAAGAACAGGAAGUUGGCAUUGACCCCUUGUUGAGUUACUCACAUAAGUCUGGAGGCGAUUCAAAUAAAAAUGGAAGAAGAACAAGUCCCACCAUAGACUCUGAGGGGACUGUUACUUCAUAUAGGAAAGAAUGGGAAGAGCUAUUUGUAAACAACAAUUACUGGGCAACAAUAAGGCAGAAGGGGAUCAAUGGGCAGCUGAGAAGCAGCAGGUUCCGAAGCAUUUGCUGGAAGCUCUUUCUUUGUGUUCUUCCUCAAGAUAAAAGUCAAUGGAUAAGUAAAAUCAAAGAAUUAAGAACAUGGUAUGAAAACAUUAAAGAAAUACACAUCACAAAUCCAAGGAAAGUUGUUGGUCAACAGGAUUUGAUGAUCAACAAUCCCCUGUCUCAAGAUGAAGGGAGUCUUUGGAACAAAUUCUUUCAAGAUAAAGAACUGCGAUCAAUGAUUGAACAAGAUGUCAAAAGAACGUUUCCUGAAAUGCAGUUUUUCCAACAAGAAAAUGUGAGAAAAAUUCUUACAGAUGUUCUUUUCUGUUAUGCUAGAGAAAAUGAGCAGCUGCUUUAUAAACAGGGUAUGCACGAGCUGCUAGCACCUAUCAUCUUCACCCUUCACUGUGACCACCAAGCUUUUCUACAUGCUAGUGAGUCUGCGCAGCCCAGUGAGGAAAUGAAAACUCUCUUGAACCCUGAAUAUCUGGAGCAUGAUGCCUAUGCAAUGUUCUCACAGCUUAUGGAAACUGCUGAACCUUGGUUUUCUACUUUUGAGCAUGACGGUCAGAAGGGAAAAGAAACUCUGAUGACUCCCAUCCCCUUUGCUAGACCACAAGAUUUAGGACCAACAAUUGCCAUUGUUACUAAAGUCAACCAGAUCCAGGAUCAUCUGCUGAAGAAGCAUGACAUUGAACUCUACAUGCAUUUGAACCGACUAGAAAUUGCACCACAGAUAUAUGGGUUACGUUGGGUACGGCUGCUGUUUGGGAGAGAGUUCCCUCUGCAGGAUCUCCUGGUGGUCUGGGAUGCCUUGUUUGCCGACGGCCUCAGCCUGAGCUUAGUUGACUAUGUCUUCAUAGCAAUGUUACUCUACAUUCGAGAUGCUUUGAUUUCUAGUAACUACCAGACCUGUCUCGGACUUCUGAUGCAUUAUCCACUCAUCGGGGAUGUGCACUCACUGAUUCUUAAGGCUCUGUUUCUUAGAGACCCAAAGAAAAAUCCAAGGCCAGUGACUUACCAGUUCCAUCCCAACCUAGAUUAUUACAAAGCACGGGGAGCUGACUUUAUGAAUAAAAGCAGGACCAAUGUCAAAGGUGCUCCCCUGAAUAUAAAUAAGGUCUCCAAUAGCCUGAUUAACUUUGGAAGAAAGUUAAUUUCUCCAGCAAUGGCUCCAGGCAGUAUGGGGGGCCCUGCACCUGGGAAUACCAGCAGCAGCUCUUCCUCUGCUACCGUUCCCACCAGGACCUCUGCUGAAGCCCCCAGGCAUCAACUGCAGCAGCAGCAAAGGCUAAUGAAAUCUGAAAGUAUGCCCGUGCAAUUGAACAAAGGCGAUAUAGUUACAGGAAGCGAAGCUCAGGUUUCUGUUCCUGUCCAGGCUCUAACUGACCUCCAAGGGCAAAGUUCUAAAACCAUCAGUUCAUCUCCAAGCAUUGAGAGUUUGCCUGGGGGAAGAGAAUCCACUGGCUCCCCACCUUUAUCGGCAACUAAAAAAGAUUCCUUUUUUAGCAGUAUCUCACGUUCCCGCUCACACAGCAAAACCAUGGGCAGAAAAGAAUCUGAAGAAGAAUUAGAAGCCCAAAUUUCCUUCCUUCAGGGACAGUUGAAUGACUUGGAUGCCAUGUGCAAGUACUGUGCAAAGGUGAUGGACACGCAUCUUGUAAAUAUUCAAGAUGUGGUAUUACAAGAAAAUUUGGAAAAAGAAGAUCUAAUUCUGGUUUCCUUGGCAGGAUUAAAGCAGAUCAAAGACAUUCUUAAAGGUUCCCUGCGCUUCAACCAGAGCCACCUGGAGGCUGAGGAAAAUGAGCAGAUCACCAUCGCUGAUAACCAUUAUUGUUCCAGUGGCCAGGACCAGAGCAACCAAGUUCCUGGGGCCACCAAGCAGGCCUCUUCAGAAAUGCCAGGGCACCGAGGUGGCGGAACUUCAGAUGAUUUCAUCCUGGUUUCCAAAGAAGAGGAAGGGGGCAAUGCCAAGGGACCUUUCUCAGGCCAAGCUCAGCCUCUUCGCACCCUCAGAAGCACAUCUGGAAAGAGCCAGGCCCCAGUCUGCUCCCCAAUGACAUUCUCAGAUCCACUGAUGGGCCCAGCCUCAGCUUCUUCCAGCAACCCCAGCUCUAGCCCUGAUGAUGACAGCAGCAAGGACUCUGGCUUCACCAUUGUGAGCCCCCUAGAUAUCUGACCACAGGGACCCCACAGGCUCUCCAAACUAUAAGGACCCUGCUGAACCAAUAUCUCUUUCCCAGCAUGCAUUGACAUUGGUACAGCCUUUGGAACCCUUUAGAAAGAUGCAAACAUGGCCAUAAGUGCACUGUGUUUUCCAAAACACAGUUUUCUAGGCCCUAACCCGACCCACAUGACCCUUGCUCUGACUUAGUGCGAGGUCAGAUAAGCAGCACCACACCCACUGUCAAAAAGACCAGACCAUAGCCACUCUUCCUCCAUCUCCUCCUCCCCAGCUAUCAGCUACAUUUAGGAGGAUGAGGUAUUGGUUUCGAGUCUUUUGUCAACCCCAGGAGAAUUAGUUGAUAGCAGGGAAGUGACUCUGUGGGCAUCUAGCUCAGCCAGCCUCUCACUCCUCCUUGGGAAGCCAUCCCACAGAGUCAGCAGCCACAGGGGGACAGUGAGUGGCUCCCGGGGCUGGAGUCAGAUGGGCUUGAGAACUAGGGUCUGCUUUGAUGUGAAAAUAGUCCCAAGCCUCAGGCAGAAUAAACUUCAGCCACUUAAACAACUGUAUUUACCUUUUAGAACCCCCACAGCCAGAACAAAGUCACUUUAAGCCAGUCUUUGCUGCACUGAUUUUAAAAGUUGCAAGACUAACUGUCCUUGAACUGGAAAAUGUGGCCCUAGCUCUAAGAUCAGUUUUCUGAUCAAGUUUCAGGACUGCACUUCUGUUAAAUGAGGCACAUGGGAGAGACCCAUCCAGAGUCAGACUCCAUACUGGCCCUCAGCAAGGACAGGGGAUUGGAGCCUCCCCUUUGGGAACAAGCUUCCUAGAGAACAUUCCAAUUGCCAAGAGGAUGCAGAGCUCCUACUCAACCUUCCCCCUUCUGGGUGGAGUGGGCCCUGAGCCUAGCUGUGAGCCCUGUAUCCAGGCAACACUUCCUGGACAAGCCUACCUGCCCUGUGGCCCCUGCCCCGGCUGAGAACAGCUGAGACACCAUGUCCUCCAUUGGGAGCAUACAGCGCCAUACCAGACACAGAGCAUCCAGUGGCCAUGUAUCCUUCAAGGAGAAGGGCCCUGGGGAGACACCAGUGGCAUGGCAGGUACCCUGCUAGGGACAGUGGGGACUGCUGAAAAACACAGGGCUUGUUACACUGUCCUCCUGUGCCUCACCUCAGAGGACAGCAGGGCCUUCGGACGGUGUUCACUGCUAAUAAGGUAUAGCCCUAAAGACAAAUAUGCCCACUCCAUUGCCAAGAAAACGGAGGUAAGUAGAGUCAGCUACCACAGAAGGCUUCUCCUAGCUCUGCCUGGAUAACAGGGCCAGCUGACUGGCCACGAUGGCAAGGCUUGGCCUGUACCUGAUGAACCCUCUGGCCCCUGGCUGACUGGUCCCUUCGGGACUCUGAGGAGGCUGCUGCUAUGUCCUGUGAUGGCACUUUGUAAAGUCCAGAGCCUUCACAGGACAAACAGCCUUACCCUGAGAAGAGUUGCCAUGGACUCAUCCUGCUAGGCCUAGAACAGUCCUGGCCAUGCUGUGCCACUGUCCUGUACACACCCCAGGCAUCUCCUUUGCCUCCAGAGCUAGAGCCAUAGCUGAGUGUUACCAGCCACCCACCAGGCCAGGAAAAUUGUAUGUAGGCUGGUGCCCUGCCAUUGGUUGGGCAUUUAAUAGUCCCUCAAACUGCCGGCCCCUGGUAGGGUCCCCUUGCCCUGUGUUUGUGUUGGUGUCCUGUGAGAGCCCAUGGGUUCAUACAAAGGUAAUGCUUCUGUUGUUCCUGGUCAGCCCACUCAGAAGAAAGGGAGUGGGGUAUGUGCCCCAGCCUCCAACCCCCACAGUCCCCGGGCUUGCAGCCUCACAACAGUCACUCUUCCUUGUUGAGCACUGUUUGCAUUUCUGUUAGCUACACUGCUGUGGGGAGUGUUCCUUCCAUCUCAUUAUUUUAUCAGGUACUUACGUUUACGUGCACAUUUAAAAAAAUCCUCUAUAUGAAACCUUCAACCACAUGGUAAUCAGUGAAAUGCCUCACAUUCUAUUAGCAGUUAAAUACAUUUUUAUAUAUGCUAUGCUUAGAUUAAGCCCCAUUGCCAUCUACAUUUUUAUACACAUCCCUCUGUGUUUAUGCAUUCCUCUCUGAUCAGACUGGGAAUCUUGAGUCAAACCUACCUGCAUAUUACAUAUGAGUUACAGACCUGCCUUAUCUUACUGGUGUGCUAAGGUCAUGGGACACUAUAAACACUUAACCAUGCUGGCUUAGUCUGGAUGACCUCCUUAUGUUCACCCUAACUGCAACUGGGAAAGAAAUAACUGCACUGCAGAAUGAAUGUGACUCUAAAAGUGACUCACAUCCUCUCGUAGCCCAAGGGUGGGGACUGCACUGGGCAGGAAUGCCAGAGAAGCCAAACAAAUGCCAAACUCUAAUCACAACCUGCCACAGCUGAUGCAAAUUUCUUUUUCAUAUUUUAAGAAGCUCCCCCAAUGGUCAUUAAGAACAAAAGUAAGAAGCACUUAUGUCCCAGCAUGCCCGGUGGCUAACCAGUGAGCCCUCAGUCAGUUCUGGCUCCCGCCUCUCCCCAGAGGGACGAUGGGGGGGUUGCUCACACACCAGAGCUGCAGGGCAUGGGAGCCUGGAGAUGAGAAUGUGAGGUUGUGACCACAGAGAGCAGUGGCUAGCAAGCCAAACUUCCCAAAAGACCAAAGGGCUUCCUUAGCAUUAGGCUCGAAAACUUACCGUCUUGUUGAAAAGAAGUGUCAAAUUCGUGUACCCCGGCUUGUGGCCAUGUUGGGGUAAAAGGUGUAGCAACUUUGUUCCCAAGGCACAGCUCCUCUGGGUAACAGAACCCACCCUCGGCAGUGCCACUGAUGUUACUUCUCCCUCCACCCCCAUGCUGUAGCUCCUACUGAUAGAGGAAAUGAUUCUUCCUCUGGACAGAGCAGCCCCACUCAGUGUGGUUCUAAUAAAGGACUAACAUGAA